AUGAUGAAAAAGACAAUGAUCAAGAUAGUGAGCGAAUUCAACAAGGAAUGCAAGAAAUGUCUCUCUUGGGGAAGAAACGUGGAGGUGUUGCUUGGAAAGAAAGGCUACGAAGCAAGAAGCAAUUUCUCUGACAAGUCCAAGAUGAGGAAAUCAAAGAGAUAUUGCUAUCAAUGUGGUGAUCCCAAUCAUUUCAUUGCUGCUUGUCCUAAUAAGGAGGGCAAGAAAGAAGAGAAGGAGAAGAGCAAGUACAAGAGGAAAUCAUUCGAUCACAAGGGCAAGCCAUACAAGCCAGACAAGCAGAAAGAUCUCUGGGACACGAUUCCACAGGCCGACGUGUUUUUGUUGCCAGGCUGA